AUUAUGGGAGACGAAAGGGAGAGUUUGAUAAACCGAAGCAACAAGUUCACGCGGAGCGUAUCGCACGCGCAGGACGAGUUGCAGAGCUUCAGAUCUUAUCUACGGUGGAUGUGCGUCGACCAAUCGAACGUGUGGACGGCGUGUCUCUCCUGGUCCAUGUUCGUGCUGUUCGCGAUCGUUGUUCCCUUGGUGUCGCAUUUCCUGCUGGCCUGCUCCACCUGCGACAGCAAACACUCGAGACCCUACGACGGCGUCGUUCAGCUCUCCCUCAGCAGCGUCGCCACGCUGUCCUUCGUUUGCCUCUCCAGGUUCGUCAGGAAGUACGGUCUUCGGAGGUUCUUGUUCUUCGACAAGCUUGUCGAUGAGAGCGAGACGGUCCGAAGCGGAUACACCGGACAACUCAAUAGAUCACUGAAACUUCUCUCAGUCUUUGUCAUCCCCUGCUUCGUGGCAGAGAGUGCGUACAAGAUAUGGUGGUACGCAUCUGGGGCCUCACAAAUUCCCUUCUUGGGAAAUGUUUACGUGAGCGACGUCGUAGCAUGCCUUAUGGAGCUGUGCUCGUGGCUCUAUCGCACGACCGUUGUUUUCCUCGUGUGCGUUCUCUUCCGUCUGAUCUGCCACCUCCAGAUACUUCGGCUGCAGGACUUUGCCUCAGUCUUCCAGGUGGACUCCGAUGUGGCGUCCGUGCUCUACGAGCACCUUAGGAUCAGGAGGCAUCUACGGAUCAUAAGCCAUCGCUACCGCGCGUUCAUAUUGUGCUCCCUGGUCCUUGUCACAGGGAGCCAAUUCGCUUCGCUACUCAUCACAACAAAAAACAGCGCGGAGCUUAAUGUAUACAAAGCUGGAGAACUUGCGCUAUGCUCCAUAACUCUUCUCACAGGGCUCUUGAUAUUAUUGCGGAGCGCAACGAAGAUCACGCACAAAGCACAAUCAGUCACAUGUCUUGCUGCCAAGUGGCACGUUUGCGCAACAUUAGAAUCUUUUGAGGCAAACGAUAUUGCUGAUGCUGAGACUCCAAGAGCUCCGAUUGACCGCGAACGGGUGUUUCCUGGGAGUCCCGGCGGGGAAGAAUCGGACGGUGAUGAUGCUGGUGAUGAGGAAGAUGACUUAGAUAACACCAAGUUGAUCCCAUCGUAUGCGUAUAGUACCAUAUCCUUUCAGAAGAGACAGGCUCUGGUGACGUACUUCGAGAAUAAUAGAGCAGGGAUUACGGUUUACGGGUUCACGCUGGACCGUACAACAAUCCACACCAUUUUUGGUAUUGAGUUAUCUUUGGUUCUCUGGCUGCUUGGAAAAACCAUUGGCAUUUCGUGAGAAGACACGUGUACCGAAAAUUUUCUAUUAUUCACGCAGAAGAGAUAGAGGGAGAGGGAGGUUGGGAGGAGGGUGUGAUGUUACAUGUGGGUUCUUUUUUUUUUUUUUUCGUUUCAUUGUCCCUUCUUUUCUAUGAUCUCUGAUCUCUGAAUCCCCUAUCUUGUAGUUAUGGUUUUAUUAUUCUUUAUUAAAGUUAUGAUUUUUGUUUAUUU